AUGUAAAACGAGUUCAUUAAUGAGCUAUUCACUUUAGGGAAAAUUAAUAAUGAAUCAGAUCUGCAUGAAUACAAGAAUUUACUUAACUCUAUUUCUGCUCUGUUCUAUACAAAUCAUAGACUGAAUGAUGUGACAGUAAUGUUUAAAAUUUAGAGAGAAGUAUUAAUAGAAAUUUAAAAAGAUAGAGUAUUACAAGAGUAAUAUGACUUUGAGAAUAAGAAGAAAUAGUAACAUUAACCAAGUAAAAAGGUAGUACAAAAGUUAAAAUGUAACCUCCAACUGGAAUUCAAAUUAAUAUAGAAUUGGAAAAUCAAGAAUUGUAUCAAAAUUAUCAAAACUAAAAUUAGCAAGAUCUGUUUAAUGAAGAUUCUCCUUCAGAGAUAUAGAAAGACCACAAAUUAAAAAUAUAAUCAUUCAUAUUAAAGGAGAUGGUAUAUCAACUCAUUAAAAAAUGAAGGUGAAGACAUGAUUAUUGAUGGAUAAGCUAGGAAAUUCCUUGAGAAACUGUAGCAAGUAGGACCUUAUUCUAAGUAAAUUCUAAACUACUCCUAUCCUUAACUGCUUUUUUAAAGAGGCAAUGAUGAAGAAAUUGAUUCUUAGGAAGAUAAUAAUAAUGGGGAGUUGUCAGAUUUGAUUGAUGAUGAAGGUGAAGACAAGGAAGAUCAAUUAUAUAUCGAAUAAAUACACGAGGUUGGUAAUGUCUAUUUGGUAGAAGCUAAUCAGUAUAAUGACUAUGUAGAUAAAGAUGAAAUGGAUUGUUAGAUAGUCAGUGUUGUAAAAAGGUUAAAUUGA